AUGAUGGGAAUCUUUCUAGCUUAUUUUGGAUUUAUUUUCUUUUCAGUAAUGUAUAUCCAGCAAGGACUUUCUACCCAAGCAAAAUUCACCGAGUUUCCCCAAAAUGUCACAGCCAGUGAAGGGCAGAAUGUGGAGAUGUCUUGUGCUUUCCAAAGUGGUUCCACUUCGGUAUACCUCGAAAUCCAGUGGUGGUUUCUGCGGGCAGAUGAGGACCAAGAGGCGGAAGCUGAGGUGACAGGCACUCAGGUGGAGCUCCUGCCCGAACGAGACCUGGAUAGCGACGGCACGAAGAUCAGUACAGUGAAAGUACAAGGGAAUGACAUCUCCCACAAGCUGCAGAUUUCAAAAGUGAGAAAAAAGGAUGAAGGCUUCUAUCAGUGCAGGGUGACUGAUGCCAACUAUGGAGACCUUCAAGAAUACAAGGCCCAGGCAUUUCUGAAAGUCAAUGCUAAUAGCCAUUCUCGGCGAAUGCAAGCCUUUGAGGCAUCUCCGAUGUGGCUGCAAGACACGAAACCGCGCAAAAACAUCUCAGCAGCUGUUCCAAGUAGCAUCCAUAACUCUGCCAGCCAGCGUGUGCAUGCCACCUCUAGCCCUGAAGCAGCAGCCAAAAUCCCCAACAAAAGUCCACAAUCAGCAAAGAGCAAAUCGCCUGUAAAAUCCAUGGAGCGGACAGCAAAGCUGACCCUAACCUCCAACCACCACUCUGCACCCAGUGUACUCUAA